UUUCUCUUUAACGUUUUCAGCUUUGCACUGCUGUUGGAUUGCUGUGUCACUUGUUCUACUCAUGGGCCCCCAACGAACUCCCUGCACUUAUGGAUCCCACGUAGCUCACUCCUGAUUGGCCAACAGGCUGCUUUCUUGCGUCUGGCUCAACUGAAAGCACAGCUAGUAGUGACUCAAAACGCUCUCAACUCUGCAGCCAAGGAGCUACCUUUUCAACCAACUCCCAACAAAUCUGUUCCUUACCCACAACUGCCCCCUCUCCCAUGAACCUUCCGGGGAGCUGAAACGUCAUGUCCAAUCCCCCGUAUAACCCCAAUGCCUAUGGAAACCAAAGGUCCUCCCAGGCGCCGUAUGGACUGUCUAAUGAACGGGUAGAAAGGGAUCCUCUGGGGGCAAGUUCUUCUGGAGCUUCCUCCCAUAGACACAGCAUGGACCUAAGUGACAAUAAGGCCUUGGACUGGUUAUUGAAAUACAAAGCGAGCUUAGCGAGUGGUAAGGACAGGAGGUUAAGUACAGCCAAUGAAAGGAAACAGGAUGUGAAGGAAGCUCCAGUUGCAAAAAAAACGGCAGCUUCUUCAGAGUCCAAUAGAGCCAAGUUAACCUCUGAAACGGCUGCUAACAUCCUUCUGAAGUUUGGACUUGAAAAAGAUGAUUUACAGUAUCUCACCUCCUACUCAGGAGACCAGAUUACUCCUGCUAACCUGCCGUUCAUCUUGCGGCAAAUACGCCUUCAGAAGGAAAUCAAAAAGACUCGAGCACUUCAAGAAAUGGAAUCAGGACACCAGUCAUCAACCUCAACAUCUCAACCAGCCCACAGUCUUUUUCAUGGUGUGCAGCCCAGCCACCCUGGCCUUGUGCCCACACCAGUUCCCCCUUUUCCUCUUCAUUCAGCAAAUCCUUACCCAAUGCUGGUUCCUCCAGUUCCUUAUCAACCAACUACCGGCCUGAUAACCUACAAUCACUUGGCGUAUCACACUUCCAACACACAGUUUUCAGCAAAUUUGGCAGUCUCCAAUGAUCAGCCGACACAAGCUAUGAUGAAUGACUAUGCAGCUACCGUACCAAAACUCUUUCCACAUACCUGUUCUCUGUGUAACACACAUUGUACUAAUAUGCAGGAUUGGAUCUCCCAUCAGAACGCCAGCUUUCACCUCGAGAACUGCAAACAACUUUGUAAAACAUACCCCUGGUGGGAUGGUGGGAUUGGUUCCAGGUCCAGGCAUGAGAGUCCCUCCCCGUCCAAGUCACCCAACUCCCAUCGCCGCCGUGACUCGGAGGGUAGAAGGGAUAGAAGGAGAAGUCGUUCCAGAUCGGAUCGCCGCUCUAGACACCAUCACAGGUCUCGAGCAUGGUCACGGUCUCGUUCCCGUUCCCCUUCCCCAAGAUAUCGUAGUCGGAUCUCAUCGCGACAUCAGUCGCAUUCUAGGAGUUCUGAGAGACAAUCUUCUCCAAGGAGGAGUGACCGAAGAGAGUCCACACCGAGGAGGAGCCGUGAGAGGCGAUUGCCACCAAGACGGAAACGUGAGAGGCGAUCGCCCACCGAAGAGCUUUCCCCUGAGCGAGAGAGGGAAAGCAGUGCAGAGAAACUGGCCAGGAAGCUACUGGAAACAUCAGUCCGUCUAGGUGUCCAGUCACUGUCCAGUCCGUCUGACCGGGAGGCCGUGGUCCAAACUCUCGCUCCUGCCUUAAUGGCAGAGCUAGCAAAGAGGAAAUCAUCUUCCUCUGGGAGAGGACAAAAACGCUCCUCUUCUCCUCUACCUGCGGGUGGAAAGAGAUCUUCUUCCACCGCCGGAGAUAAAGUUGCAGAGCCUGUGGAAGCGGGAAUCAAUGCCGGGGGCAAAGAAAGACGUUCAGCUGACAAACACGGAGCGAGUAAGCAACCAACCAGUUCAGCCGAGACCCAUGUCAAGCAAAGCGCCCUGUCAGUACCGGCUUCAGAAAGAGGUAUGUCUAACCCCAGAGGAACUUCAGGGAUCAUUCACCAAUCUUAAUUUGUUCCUAAAACCCACUCACACAGGUCUCAAGAGGUUCUGACAUUCAACAAAGUUCAGUCAUGCGCGGGAUAAAACGCUAAACGACUCAUCCUAUUCAACCUUUUAAGGAUGUAACUACAGUGAUGCAUCAGCCGAGCAUGCCUCCAAAAAUGCAAGAAAUGUCCGGUCUGAGGAAGCUUCUGCUGAGCGUUCUUCCACCGCAGUUACCCC